AUGGGCUCCAUCACUGCAGCAAAUGCAGAAUUUUCUUUUGAUGUAUUCAAAGAGCUGAAAGUCCACCAUGCCAACGAGAACAUCUUGUAUUCCCCCCUGAGCAUCAUUGCAGCCUUGGCCAUGGUCUAUCUGGGAGCGAGAGGUAACACUGAGUAUCAGAUGGAGAAGGUUCUUCACUUUGACAAAAUUGCAGGACUUGGAGGAACUAUUCAGACCAAGUGUGGCAAGUCUAUGAAUAUCCACAUACUGUUUAAAGAACUUCUCUCUGAUAUCACUGCACCAAAAGCCAAUUAUUCACUCUACAUUGCCAACAGACUCUAUGCUGAAAAGACACGUCCAGUCCUACCGAUCUACUUAAAAUGUGUGAAGAAACUGUACAGAGCAGGUCUGGAAACGGUCAACUUCAAAACAGCACCAAAUCAAGCCAGACAACUCAUUAAUUCCUGGGUGGAAAGUCAGACAAACGGACAGAUCCAAAAUUUCCUUGAGCCAGGCUCGGUUGAUCUCCAUACUGCGCUGGUCCUUGUGAAUGCCAUUUACUUCAAGGGGAUAUGGAAGACAGCAUUUAGAGAAGACGACACUCGGGAACUUCCCUUCAGUGUGACAAAGCAAGAAAGCAGACCUGUGCAAAUGAUGUGUCAAAACAGCACCUUCAAAGUGGCAGCAGUGGCUGCAGAGAAAAUGAAGAUCCUGGAGCUUCCGUACGCCAGCGGGCAGCUGAGCAUGUUGGUGCUGUUGCCUGAUGACAUCUCUGGCCUGGAGCAGCUUGAGAAGAAAAUCAGCUUUGAAAAACUUACAGAGUGGACCAGUCCGAACAUAAUGGAAAAGAAAAGAGUGAAAGUGUACCUCCCACGCAUGAAGAUUCAGGAAAAAUAUAACCUCACAUCUGUCUUAAUGGCCUUGGGUAUGACUGACCUCUUCAGCCCUUUGGCCAAUCUGUCUGGCGUCUCCUCAGCAAAGAUGCUAAAGAUAUCUGAGGCCAUCCAUGAGGCAUAUAUGGAAGUCACUGAAGAAGGCACCGAGGUGGGAGGCUCAGCAGGGGUGAUGGGAGACAUCAAACAUUCCUCUGAGUUUGAAGAGUUUAGGGCUGACCACCCUUUCCUUUUCUUGGUCAAACAUAACCCAACCAACAGCAUCCUCUUCUUUGGUAAAUAUUGUUCCCCCUAA